AUGUCUGAUACAGUCAAAGGAAAUUGGUCCAAUACCUCAGCAUUCAAUUUGGAAUUGGCACUGAAGGAGAGUAGAGAAUGGAUUGAAGCUGUUUGUCAACAGAAGUUCCCAUCUGAUGACUUCCAAGCAUCACUCAAGAAUGGUGUAUUACUUUGCAAAUUGAUCAAUCAGAUCAAACCUGGAAUAGUACCAAAGGUCAACCAGGCAACUACAGACUUUGCCAAUAGGGAGAACUUGUCAUUCUUUAUUAAGGCUGCCAAACAAUUGGGUCUACGUGAUACACAGUUGUUUGAUACAACUGAUAUCUACGAAUCCAAACGUAUUAGAAACGUUGCCAUCUCUUUGUAUUGGCUUGGUCGUGCAGCACGCGCCGUCAGUACAUAUAAGGGUCCUCAACUCAAUCUAUUGGCAUUCCAAAAGAUGAACUGCUCAGCAUGCAAGAAGCCAAUCACUGAUGGCAACUACCUGGCCACACUCACACAGCAAUGGCACACCUCCUGUGCCAAGUGCUGCAGCUGUCACUGCCAACUCGAUCCCAAGCAACAGUUCUUCAUGGAAGGUAACAACAUUUGGUGUCCCAAUUGCAUGGUUGGUGCUGCUGGAGUGUCAAACAAGGGAGCACCAGCUGGCAAGAGUCAUGGUCAUAGUCACGGUCAUGGUAAUGACGAUCAAUGUGUUGGAUGUCAUGGAUCAUUGGAGAAGGGAUAUGUACCUGAUGAGAAGGAUGAGUCCAAGAAGUACUGCACAAGCUGCAUCUGUGACCUCUGUCACAAUCCACUCAUAGGCAACUUCAACGUCAUCAAUGGACAGAAGAUAUGUGAUGAAUGUAGCUGCAGUGGAUGUGCCAAGCCAUUGAAGGAUGGAUUCUUUGAGGAAGGCCUGUCAAGGUACUGCCAACCAUGUUUGGAUGACAGGAACAAGAAGUCACAGUCACAGCCACAACCAUCAAAGGCAACCUUGACCCCAUCCACCGCCACUCUUCAACAACAGCAACCUCAUCAGCAUCAGCAUCAACAUCCAAAGACCUCAACAACAUCAAACGAUGGUUGUCACGAAUGUCACAAGCCAUUGGACAACAAACCAAAGGUUAACAAGGGUGAUCGUGACAAGUUCUGCUCACCACAUGAGAAGGAGAAGUGCUGUGGAGGAUGUGAUCGCGAGGUUCAGGGUCAGGUGCUCCAGGCAUUGGACAAGUCAUGGCAUCCACAAUGCUUCAAGUGUGAGAAGUGCAACAAGGACUUGACCAAGCCGGGCGAGUCAAUCAAGAAGGGCGCCAAUGGUAGCCCAUUGUGUGGUCCGUGCGCUGGCACCACUUCGUCCAAGUGUGGUGGCUGUGACAAACCCGUCAUGGGCCAAGGCCUUGAGGCGUUGGACAAGAAGUGGCACCCACAAUGCUUCCAAUGCAGAGGAUGCAACAAGAAGUUGAACGAAGAGUAUGUUGACGUCGACAACGAGCCUUACUGCGACCCAUGCGCCAAGAACUUGAGCCACCAGGUACCAUCACAACCUGGCGCGUCCAAUGUCACAGGUGGAUGGGGACCCAACGACAAGUGCAGUGGAUGUACCAGCCCGCUCCAAGGCGAGGUCACCAAGAUAUCAAAGAGCUACUGGCAUCGUGGAUGUUUCAAGUGCGAUCAAUGCAAGGGUGCACUGCAGACCGGCUACUUCUUGCAUGGUGAGAGACCAUUCUGCAAGGGGUGCCACGACAAGCAUGAGGCGGACCAUGCCACACAUACAUGUCCAAAGUGCAACAAGCCAAUUGUUGAUGGCGCUAUCGUCCAGGCAAGUGGCAAGAUGUGGCACAAGGCAUGCUUCAGUUGCACCAAGUGUUCGAAGCAAAUUGGCGAUGACAGCACAUUCACAAGGUUCUCCAAGCCUUACUGUCGUGGAUGCUUCGAGUCUGAGAAGACAGUGUGUGGCAAGUGUCGUAAUCAGAUACAGGGUGAGGUGGUCGAGGAUGAAACAGGGAAGACUUAUUGCAAGAAGUGUGCCCCAGCACCAUCCAGUCAGACAAUAUAUGGUGACCGCACUCCAGGCUUUACCAUCGAUCCACGCUCUGGCAAGAAGACCGUCAGACAA